AUGUCGGCGGCGCAGGUGUCCUCGUCUCGGAGACAGUCUUGCUACCUGUGCGACCUGCCCCGCAUGCCCUGGGCCAUGAUCUGGGACUUUUCGGAACCCGUAUGCCGCGGUUGCGUCAACUACGAGGGCGCCGAUCGCAUCGAGUUUGUGAUUGAGACAGCGCGCCAGCUGAAGCGGGCGCACGGCUGCUUCCAAGACGGCCGCUCCCCCGGGCCGCCGCCUCCCGUCGGGGUCAAGACAGUGGCCCUGUCGGCUAAGGAGGCGGCGGCGGCAGCUGCCGCGGCCGCAGCCGCCGCGCAGCAACAGCAGCAACAACAGCAGCAGCAGCAGCUCAACCACGUCGAUGGUUCCAGCAAGCCUGCGGUGCUGGCGGCCCCGUCCGGCCUGGAGCGCUACGGCCUGAGCGCGGCCGCCGCGGCCGCGGUGGAACAGCGCAGCCGCUUCGAGUACCCGCCACCGCCAGUGAGCCUGGGGAGCAGCAGCCACGCCGCGCGGCUGCCCAACGGCCUGGGGGGCCCCAACGGCUUCCCCAAGCCCACCCCGGAGGAGGGACCCCCGGAGCUGAACCGCCAGAGCCCCAAUUCUUCUUCGGUGGCAGCAUCGGUGGCGUCUCGGCGCGGGACGCACGGCGGGUUAGUGGCAGGGCUGCCCAACCCAGGGGGUGGCGGAGGCCCCCAGCUCACCGUGCCCCCCAACCUGCUGCCGCAGACGCUGCUUAACGGCCCGGCCAGCGCUCCGGUGCUGCCUCCGCCGCCGCCUCACGCCCUGGGCAGCCGUGGGCCCCCGACGCCUGCGCCCCCGGGGGCCCCCGGGGGCCCCGCUUGCCUCGGGGGUGCCCCCGGCGUUUCGGCCGCCUCGUCCUCCGCGGCGUCCUCGACUUCGUCGUCGGUGGCCGAGGUGGGCGUGGGUGCUGGCGGCAAGAGGCCCGGCUCGGUGUCGAGCACCGACCAGGAGCGCGAGUUGAAGGAGAAGCAGCGGAACGCCGAGGCCCUGGCGGAGCUGAGCGAGAGCCUGCGCAACCGCGCGGAGGAGUGGGCCAACAAGCCCAAGAUGGUCCGCGACACGCUGCUCACGCUGGCCGGCUGCACGCCCUACGAGGUGCGCUUCAAGAAGGACCACUCGCUGCUGGGCCGCGUCUUCGCCUUCGACGCCGUCUCCAAGCCCGGCAUGGACUACGAGUUGAAGCUGUUCAUCGAGUACCCCACGGGCUCGGGCAACGUGUACUCCAGCGCCUCCGGGGUGGCCAAGCAGAUGUACCAAGACUGUAUGAAGGACUUCGGCCGGGGUCUCUCCUCCGGCUUCAAGUACUUGGAGUAUGAGAAGAAGCACGGUUCCGGGGACUGGCGCCUCCUUGGAGACCUGCUGCCCGAGGCCGUGCGCUUCUUUAAGGAGGGCGUGCCCGGCGCCGACAUGUUGCCCCAGCCCUACCUGGACGCCAGCUGCCCCAUGCUGCCCACGGCCCUGGUGAGUCUAAGCCGCGCCCCCAGCGCACCCCCGGGGACCGGGGCCCUGCCGCCCGCCACCCCCUCGGGCCGGGGCGCAGCCGCCAGCCUGCGCAAGAGGAAGGCGUCUCCGGAGCCUCCGGACUCCGCCGAGGGCGCGCUGAAGCUGGGUGAGGAGCAGCAGAGGCAGCAGUGGAUGGCGAAUCAGAGCGAGGCCCUCAAGCUCACCAUGUCGGCCGGGGGCUUCGCGGCGCCGGGGCACGCGGCAGGGGGCCCGCCCCCGCCGCCCCCACCCCUGGGACCCCAUUCCAACCGGACCACCCCGCCCGAGUCAGCCCCUCAGAACGGCCCGUCGCCCAUGGCCGCCCUCAUGUCGGUGGCAGACACUCUGGGCACGGCGCACUCGCCCAAGGACGGCAGUUCGGUGCACUCCACCACGGCCUCCGCGCGGCGCAACAGCAGCAGCCCCGUGUCACCGGCCUCCGUGCCCGGGCAGCGCCGCCUGACGUCGCGGAACGGGGACCUGAAUUUACAGGUGGCGCCCCCGCCGCCUAGCACCCACCCGGGCAUGGACCAAGUGCAUCCCCAAAACAUUCCGGAUUCCCCUAUGGCCAACAGCGGGCCCCUCUGCUGUACCAUUUGCCACGAACGUUUGGAGGACACGCAUUUCGUCCAGUGCCCCUCCGUUCCCAGCCACAAAUUCUGCUUCCCUUGCUCUAGAGAGAGUAUCAAGGCCCAGGGGGCUACCGGCGAGGUGUACUGCCCCAGCGGAGAGAAAUGCCCCCUAGUUGGGUCGAAUGUACCUUGGGCCUUCAUGCAGGGCGAAAUCGCGACGAUCUUAGCUGGGGAUGUUAAAGUGAAAAAGGAGAGAGACCCUUGA